UGGGGAAAUCUUCUGACUUGGAAUGUCUGAAAAGUAGGUUAUCCAUUAUCCAUAAUGUUUUGGCAUAGUAUGUGCAGGUUCUGAACACCUGGAAGCAGUUUUGGACCUAACUUGCUAGAGUCCAAUGGUUUUAGGUAGAGUGGUGGAUUGUAUCAGCUAGAACAGCUUUAAGUUGAAAUUUGUGAGAUAAUAUGGUUUGAGUUGCCCUUUUCUUUGAAAGUAAUGUAAAACAUACUAAAAUAUGUCAUAGAUACAGGGACAUUCAGUUCGGGCUAACUUUCCAUUACCUCAAUAAUUUAUUUUUCAUUACUAAUAUUAGUUUGUUUUAAUAAACGAUUAUAGAAAUAUUCGUGAUGUGAAAAGUAAUAUAGAGAGAAUCCAAUUACCAUUUUUAAGUACUAAAGAAUUAUUGACAAUGUUAAUUUUGUUAUAAUUUAAUUCUUAUUAAGAUUAUCCGAAUCAAAUGCAUCCAUAUGUUAAAAUUGUAUGUCUUAUUUGACAGUCAUAUCAAUUAGGCAAUAAUAUUUUAUUUACAAGAUCAUUUUUGGAAUGUAUAACAUUUUUUUUUUUUGAAUUUUAAUUUGAUUAAGCAAAUCAUAAAAUUAAUGAAUCUGUAAAGGAAGCCGUUAAACGUGGUGCUCAGACGCGGCAUUUCAAAGGUAGGCAAGGUAACGUUGACAGAAUAAGCACUGUUAGCUUGGUAAUAAAGACAUAGAGCUUGAGGUAAGAAUGAAGAAGUGAUGUAAACUCUUCCAUUUUUAGCACUUUUUAGUAAAAACAAUAUUACUAAAAUCGAUUGACGUUACACAUGAGGAAAUUUACAUGGUUAUUGUAGUUAAGCAAAAAGCGGCUGCUUCAUGGCUUUUCCUUCCGUUCAGGACUCCGAUUCCAUUAUCAACUCUUCCCAUUACACGUUCCAUUAAUUUCAUGCUGACAUUCGUCUCCUCAAAUUCCUCACCUGCCCGCUCAUUUUGGGAUUGCAUCUCUCAAUCAACCACAUUCUUUUCCCCCUUCUCAAUCAUCUUAUUUUAACACUUUGUAACAAUUUUCAGUCUGAGAUCAGUGUGUAAAUGACAUUGGUAAGAGAAAGAAGACACCAACAAGCUCUUAGAUUAUCUCUCCCCUCACCCAAUCACUUCCCCCACUACCAGCACCACUUUCCGCCGGAAACCGCUAGCCCCACCUCCCCGAACUUCGAAAGCCUGGCGGACUUGAAGAAGCUCUUGGUUCUUGGCCAUGGUAAUGGUGCCACUGUCUACAAAGUUUGUAACCAGAAGAGCAACUCUAUAUAUGCCUUGAAAGUUCUCCGUUUUGACCAAAAUGCUGCCUCCAUUAGCCACCAGGCUGCUCGCGAGGCUGAGAUUCUUAAACGGGUGGACUCCCAUUUCAUUGUUAAAUGCCACGCAGUGUUUUACACCAUUGAAGGAGAGCUUUGCUUUGUGAUGGAAUAUAUGGAGGGAGGAUCAUUAGCUGACAGUCUGCAUGUUCGGCGGGCGUUGUCAGAAGAUGUAAUCGCCAGAGUUGCUCAUCGGGUGCUCAAAGGGUUGCAGUAUUUGCAAGGAAUGCGGAUAGUUCAUGGUGAUAUAAAGCCAUCAAAUCUUCUGAUAAAUGGGAAAGGAGAGGUGAAGAUUGCUGAUUUCGGAGUGAGUAGGAUCAUUGGUACCGGAAUUGGCACUGGCGUGUGCAAUGGACUGGAUUCGAGCUUCGGAACGUGUGCUUACAUGAGUCCUGAAAGGGUUGAUCCUGAGAGGUGGGGUGGGGAUAAUAAUGCAGACGGAUUUGCAGGGGAUGUUUGGUCACUUGGGGUGGUGGUGUUGGAGUGUUUAGUUGGGCAUUAUCCAUUGAUUGGGAUGGGGGAGAAGCCAGAUUGGGCAGCGUUAAUCUGUGCGAUUUGCUUCAGGGAGAGGCUGGAGAUGCCUGAGAGAGCUUCCAUGGAGUUUCGGAGCUUUGUGAGAAGUUGUUUGGAGAAGGAUUGGAAGAAAAGAGGGACUGUAGAGCAGCUUCUUGCUCAUCCUUUUGUGAAUAAGAUCAGUCCUGAGAGUUCUAGUCCUUGAAUGGGUGCGGAAACAUUUUUGCUUCAUUUUUGCAUGGUUGAGUUGAGUUGGCACAUUAAUCUGCCAGUUUUUCUUCAUUAGACUGAAAAAAUAAAUAAAUAAAAAAAGAAAGGAAAGAAUUUUGUUCUCUUUUAUUCAUCAUCUUACUCCCAUCCCCACAUAAAUCAAAAGUGG